AAGCUAUAUUCAUUCACUGUGAUAUCAGUCUUUCUGCAAUAUCGGUAGCAUCCUUACUGUUGCCUCCUUCAAACACACAACAUAAGUAGGAAUUCUCAAAAUAAGAGUAGAAGUUGCUGGAAAGAUACAUCUUACAGAGAUAGUAGUAUGAGCCAGUUCAAUUACAAUGACCAAGUUCCUCAUUAUGGUGGGGGUGUCCAUUCUGCUGGCGGUGGGUACUUACCACAUCAAACUUCUAGACCAAUGUUUUCUACUAUAGCCCCAACACCACAGUCACCAUCAUUGAUUUGGUGUGAACUUUGUGAGGUUAAGUUGAGAAGUUACAAAAAUAUGAAAGAGCAUUUGAAUGGAAAGAGACAUCAAGGAUUGUUGAAACUACACGAGGAAUCAAACAGAGAAGAAAUUUCAAACGGACAACAGAGAGGACAGUUGCCAAAUUCUCAAAUGAAUUCAGUAGUUGAACCUAAGCCCGUUCUUAAAUCUGAGAUACUUGGAUGCCUGGUAGAAAAUGUGAGUUCUGAAGCUACUGCUGCCAAGCACAAGAGUUGCCUGGGGAAAUAUAUUGGGAAACCCAGUGAUAACUUUGGUGCACAAGGUCAUGAUUUCAAGCGUAAGACUGCCGGAGCCACAAGAGGUAAAUACAUGAAGACAAAUAAUGCGAUAAGAGAGCCAAUGGAUUCAUCAAAACUUGAUGUGAAUGCUCUGUCAAGUUAUGUAGAACCUGUUGUCCAAGUACCUGCUGCUGAAGUUUCAGCUAAAGGGCCUGAAGGGAAACCUAGGGAUAACUUUGGUGUACAAAGUCAUGGUUUCAAGCAUAAAAUUGCAGAAGCCACAGGAGGUAAAUACUUGAAAACAAAUACUUUAAUAAGAAAACGAAUGGAUUCAUCAAAGCUUGGUGUAAAUGCUCUAUCAAAUCAUGCAGAACCUGUAGUCCAAGUAACUGCAGUAGCACCACCAUCAGGUCCUGUGGCUUCUCAGAUAAAGGCUCCAACUCCUGUUGUAGGAUCAAGUUUCGAGCUACAGCUUCAACAUGUCUCAGCCUCUGAGACACAAGUGUUAGAAGGCAAAAAACAUCAUCAGAUUCAAAAUCCUGCUUUCGAAACAAAUGUACAGCCACAAUCAAUCUCUGUGGAGUUGAAUGCCCCAGCAGGUUCUAAUAUUAGAACUCAAACUGAAGAUUUGAGUUCUGAUUCUACUGCAAUAGCAAUAGCACCACCAAAAGAGCCUAUGCUAUCUCAGGUAUUGGCAUCAGAAGCAGCAGUGGGAUCAAGUUUUGAAUCACAUACUGAAACAGAACCCCAAGGAUCAGAAGCCAUAGCACAUUAUGAGAGCCAAAAUCCUACUGACAAAUCAAAUAAUCAACUGCUAUCACCUGUCUUGAUGGAGUUCGAUGGCCCUUCAGGUUCUGGUUUUAACACCCAAACUGCAGACGGAAGUUCAAAAGCUGAAGAAAAGAUGGAUGUUCUCACCACUAAAUUCGGGUUAACUCAGUUGUCUCAGGUAACUGUUUGUCUUACUUGUGGCGAUGAGGGCUUUCCGGAGUUGUUGGAUUUUUGUGAAACGUGUCAGGUUUAUGCAGUGCAUAGGUAUUGUUUAGAUGGGCCUGUGGAUUAUACUGGUGAAGUCACCUGGUUCUGUGAAGAUUGUGAUGCAAAGGUAGUAGACACAUCUUCUCAUGAUCAAAGUAAAGCCAGAAUAGAGGUAACAAAUUGCAUGAAGAAAGUAAGGAAAAACAAGCAACAACAAAAAGCUGAUUCUAGUGAGGGGCAUGUGACUGUUACUGAACCACAGCCUAUUGCUGAUCCAGUGUGGAGGGGAAGCUUGUACUUCUGCGAUCAAAGUAUUGAUAUUUUCAAUGGACUUCUGGCCCAUUUGUCCAAUUUAGCAUGCCCCCAAGUCCAAGAGGAAGCAAGACUUCUCCCUGAGGUGCUUCGUGUGGACUUGCUUGAAAGAUCUGAAGUAUGGCCAAAGUAUUUCAAGGAAAGUGGACCAAAUGAGGAGAGCAUUGCUCUUUAUUUCUUUCCUGAGAAUGAAUGCAAUGAGAGGGCCUUUGACGAGCUGGUUGAUGAGAUUAUUUACCAUGACCUUAUCAUAAAAGCUGUGGUUAAAAAUGGAGAGCUUUUAGUUUUUCCUUCUACAGUGCUCCCAAUGAAACAAAGGAGAUUUCAAGCAAAGUAUUACUUGUGGGGACUCUUCAGAGAAAAGCAAACUUCUCCUAAGUCUAAAACUUGUCAUAACCAUAGUUCCUCUAAUACUUUUUAGGCCUAGUGGUGUGGUUCUGUUUCCAAUGCACGGUGGUACUCCUGUUUCCCUAGCCAUUGAAUUCAUUAAUAUGUAUCUAUUUAGUUUUACCGAACGUUUUUGAGAAAAUAUGGUAGCAUGUUGAGAAUUUUGGACUAGAGAGGAUAUGAUCGAUGGCCCUGGUUAACAUUUUUGCUCCUGCAUUAUUUGUGAUGACAAGAGA